CUUGUUUUUUUUUUAACUCAUUCCACGCGCAAGGCAGGACAUAUCAAGUGUGGAUGACGACGAGAAAUCGUCACGCGAAAGCACUCCGUGGGACGAAGAAGAAGACGAAGCGCUAAAGCACCGUGCCAAACCACCAUUCCACUCCUGACCAUUCGAAGCAUGGGUCUCGCACUCGUGGUAACCAUCUUGACGGCUCUGACUCCUGAACCAGGUGUUCACGGCGUGCAUUACUGCGUGCUUUUGGGCGACCUGGCGCCACCUGCAGUGGACGCUGUUGCUACUGGCAAAGUGUACGCUGCGACAGAUGCAACCUCGAAGCCAAAUACAAAUUCGGAAAGAUAAAGGAGGGUGGCCACUUCACGGAGGGCAACGUGCGAAAAGGUAGACGGCUGGUCAAACACGUAUUUGCGGUUGAGGAGCGUGUCUGCGGUGACAUGGAUGUGAGCAUCCUUGCCAAACGCGUCUCCCAAGUCCAGGACAGCCUCGUUUAUGAUAUCACAAUACAGGUGGUUCACAAACAUGCCCUGACAGUGCGCAGCCAGCCCCUCCACAGAUGCUGCUGGAUUCAUAUGGCAUGGGCACCGAAAACAGCACGCUUGCCCGCAUGCUGGUGCUGAUGAAAAGAACAGAAACUGAGAGGGUGUGCAGAGAUGUUCUGCAAGAUCUCGUCGAGGACGUUGCAGAGAAGGUGGACAGGGAACAUGUCACCGACCUGCUGCAAAGCAUGGGCCACAGGAGAGCAACAUGGCACUACAUGGAAGUGCAGCCAGUUGAAAGCCUCAUGCGAACGGGGACAUCCACUGGACGGAAGAGGUUUUCACUAAUGCCACGCGACUUCUUAGCGACGCUAAGUGAUGCUGCAAAAGGCCUCUACCGACAAUCUGUAUGCUUGAGAACUGAUCCGCUCUGCUUGGCACUGGAAACAAAGGGACAGGCCCAUAAUUCACGGUGGCACGAGGAGCGCAGACUCCGGAUAUCGAGCUCUACCGCCCAUCCCAUUAGGACACGAAGGGGCAAGUUCAAGGAGCUGGCCGUGAGGAUGGCAUCAAGGACCACGUUCUGCAGUGCAGGGAUGAAAUACGGUAUAGCAACUGAAGCACGUGCACGGCAGUUACUGCAAGAACAGUUUGCUGCGCAGAUCGCUGAGACUGGCCUUGUUGUAAUGUGCACGCAGCCAUGGCUUUGUUGCAGCCCAGACGGGCUUGUGAAGGUGGUCACAUCAUGGUCACCGAGAUCAAGUGUCCACACAGAUGCCGAAACACUGCGAUUGUGGACGACACUGGAAAGUCCUCUGUCGAGUACCUGGAGCUCGAGGAUGGGCAAGUGACACUGAAGAAGAGCCAUGCGUACAACACGCAAAUUCAAGUGCAAUUGUACAUCCUCAACCUAUCAAAGGCCAUCCUCUUUGUGUACAGUCCUAAGCAGAGUGUGACCGUAAUCGUUGCAAGAGAUGACAGCUUCCUGUCUGAGCUAAUUGCAAAAUUGGAAUAUUUUUAUUUUACGUAUCUCAUAAAUGAACUUUCUUAGGAGCAUGUAAUCAUGAAAAUAAAGUAAAUACACUUGUG